AUGGAAUCGCGGAAGGUGCGAAAAUCAUGGUUCGGUACAAAUAGAAGUCCGUUGUGUAUAGCGUCUCCAAAUCGAAAUCUUAAUGAUUCAACAGUCGCAAAAUCUUAUAUUAUUAAAGAGCAGUCAGAAUCUGACCAGACUGCUGAACAAGAUGAAAAAGUGGGUGGAGCGGAAUUGUAUGGUAGCAAUCAUGAAGUGACUUUACUCGCCGAUGAAAAUGAAGUUCCUUUCACAGUGAACAUCUCUGACACUCUUUCUGUAUCCAUGUUCUCUCGAAAAGCUGUGGUAGAUUUUGGUACGACCAACUUUACAGGAAAGUCACUGACUCGUUUCUUAUUGUUAGUAAACGAUUUUGAUGACGAACAAUCGGUGAUGAUUCAACGUGGUCUCCCGGAAAACGAAUUCACUAUUGAUUGGAUAACUUCAGAAACCGACGAUUUUACUAAUCGGCCAAUUCAUCCUGCGGCAUCUAAACGAAUCAGUCUCCAACCCCUCCACGGUCAAUCUCUCAUGAGGAUAACAUGGAAUCCUAUCCGCAAUUCUGUCUCAGAUGAUGCUUAUAUUUUCCAUCAUGUGAUUCAAUUUCGCGUAAAUGAUGCAUACGUUAUCCAGGCUUUGGUUGUUGGUCGUUUGUUACCACCUGAAAGACCUAGUCGCUCUAAGUUUCUCGCUCCUAAAAGAACCACAACAAAUCGAUUUCCUCAUCGACCCACUUGGAUUAAAACUCCUUGUUCAAAUUCCUCUGUAGGCAGUUCUAAGAUUGAUAUCAAAAAUAAGAGUACUAACGAACAUUCCAUUUCUCCAGUGUCCGAAGUUCAUCAUCACAUAAAUUCGUCGUUUUCUGCACAACCUUCAGCCGUCCAAGAUCAAAGCUGUGCUUCCACUGAUCGCACCACUUCUAGUUUCAUAUUUGAAAAACCUCAGAAUACUGAUUUUUGUAGUUCACACGCAACUGAAAAAUCUUUGGUUGAUGAUUUGAAUACAGAUAGCUUUCAAUUUAAAACAACAGAAAAUCGGCGUCGAUCAAGUUCACAACCGACAACCGGCACUCCCACUAGAAACUUGUCCGUUUUCAGUAGAUUUCACGAGAUGAGAGAGCUAAGUUCAUCUAGACAAUCAAUGACUGGAUCUUGUAAGUUACAGUCAGAGACAAGUUUUACAACGGAUGCGAACUUUUUGAACUGCACUGCGACGGCGUUUGUUUCACCGAAGCUUGUACGUUCACCUGCUUUGAAAGGAGUUAAAACAACAGAAAGUCGACGUCGAUCAAGUUCACAACCAACAACCGGCACUCCCACUAGAAAUCUGUCCGUUUUCAGUAGAUUUCACGAGAUGAGAGAGCUAAGUUCAUCUAGACAGUCAAUAACUGGAUCUUGUAAGUUGCAAUCAGAGACAAGUUUUACAACGGAUGCGAACUUUUUGAACUGCACUGCGACGGCGUUUGUUUCACCGAAGCUUGUACGUUCACCUGCUUUGAAAGGAGUCACUUGUGGACCUUUAUCCACCUACAAAAAGAAACAGGAUGGUAAUCUAUUUUACACUAAUGUAACCUCUGUUUUAUCCGAAAUGAGUGUUUAUGGUUUGACUCAAUGGUUGAAUAGUGUAUUUGCUCCGUGUAUCGCAGCUAAUAGUUACAACGGACAUCCGACAAAUUUGUCCAAGGACAUUUGUACAGUUGGAUCAAGUAUGUAUCACUCGGCAGUGGAAAAAGCAGUUGAAUUAUUAACUUCAACUAAUAUUAUGGCUCCUGGAGAACGCAUUGAACGUGAAGUAGACAAUGGAAAGUUAACACCUAUCCAACUACUAUCAUUUCGUGUUGAUAAAGGUUCGCAACGUCGAAUUCAAGAUUAUUUGAUAUUAAAUUAUGCUCCCAUCUGGCUUCAUCUUACUUUGGAUGCAUUAACUAGCUCAUCCUCAACUCAGUCUAAUUCAUCAGUCACAUCACACAAUAAUGACCAGCCGUACUCUGAAGAUAACAAAAUCGGGUGUACAACCUGUUUAUCCAAGAAAAUACACAAUUACCUUUUCGAUUCUCUCGCCCUAAAUAAACCAGUUUUACCGAUCAAACAGGCUGCUAAUAAUAAAAUAUUAAAACAGUCGUCUCAUCAUACAGCUAGAAACGAUUCGAACUCGACAAAAUCAAAUAAACCACCAAAUCGUGAUAUCCUAUAUAAUCGUCAUGUCAUCAAACGAUUCAUUAUUUUUAUUUGGAUUAUAGAUUCUUUUAAAAGUCACAUGUUAAUCAAAUAUGAUCCAUGCUUAUUUCGUAUUAAAUCUCCCAUAAAAUCCUCUUCAUCGCUCUUAUUAUCGUUUGCACAAAAUUUUCUUCAUGGUGAAAAUAAUCUUGUUCGUCAUUUAGCCUGUCUGGGAGCACAAGUCACAGUAAAUCAAACACCAUUGGAUGAAUAUCAAUUCACAGUUGAAAACUUGGCUGUAGACUUAAGGGAUGGUGUUCGUUUGGUGAAACUUGCAGAAUUAUUGCUUCCUACCUUGUCUACUGAUAAACCAUCUACUAUCGUCAGACAGAAUAGUCCUAUGUCGAUGGUUCGAUUCCCUGCUAUAAGUCGCCUUCAAAAAAUACACAAUGUUGGAGUUGCUUUAAAGUCAUUUGAACAGUAUGGUCGAAUCUCAAUGGCAGACGGGAGCUUAAUUGAUCCUCGUGAUAUUGUUGAUGGACAUCGAGAAAAAACCCUUACACUACUUUGGUGCUUAUUGUUACGUCAUCAAGUUCUGGCCUUACUUGAUCAUUCAGCAUUAGAAAAUGAAAUUCACUCUCUUGAAACAAGUAUCACCUCAAUCAAUACAGAUAAAUGUAUGAAUGAAUUUAAUAAUAUCAAAUUAAGCAUGUCCACUAACAAUAAUGUAAAUGAUGAUAAAGAUCAUUUGGCUCAUUUCAAAUUACUCUACUGGGCUGCCUUAGUUUGUCAUUUGUAUAAUGUUCCGGUAAUUAGUUUGGAUGAAUCGUUUACAGAUGGCAGAGCUUUAUGUUAUCUGUUACAUCAUUAUUUACCAACUGUUUUACCUCAAGGUUUAAUUCGUCAAUGCACAACAUACACUAAUAACUUGUCAGUUCCUCUGCCAGAUUCCUUACUUAUACGUAACAAUCUUUUCAAUUUAUCGUUGUUUCAAAAGAAACUCUCAGUUCUAGGCGAUGUUCCACUGCUUCUUUCUACUCCAAUUUCAUCGGCUAAUUUUAGUAAUAUUCUUCCACCUGGAUUAGUUAUCACUAUUUUAGCCUAUUUGGCUAACAGAUUGGUUGUUGGUCCUUCAGAGAAACACAAAUUAAAUCUGCUUAUUCGUGAUAAUGCUGCAUCGAUUAUUCAAAAUGCAUGGCGCCGUUUUCAAGAUUAUGUUACUUUCUCAAAGUUGAAAUUAGUACCCUAUGGAAGGGAAUGGCGUAAUGAAAGAAAGAGAAUUAAAGCAUGCACUACCAUCCAAGCAUUUGUACGUGGUUAUCUUGUUCGCAAACAAGUCACACAGAUCAAAUCUUUGAGAAAUACUGCUGCAACAAUAAUACAGUCUCAUGUUCGUCGAUUUUUGACUCGAUGUUAUCUUGAAAGCCUUCACAAAUCUGCUACCUUAAUUCAAAGCACUUGGCGUGGUUACCAAGCACGCCGGAAUUAUACCCUAUUAAGAAAGUUCUGUAUUACACUUCAAGCAUUUUCACGAGGAUUCUUAGCUCGCAGAUAUGUUGCACAUUUGCAAGAACAACAACACACUGCAGCAAUAAUAAUACAAUCUCAUUUUCGAAAAUUAAUUGUUCAACGUACUAUAAAACACUGGCAUGAAUCAGCUAUCCGAAUUCAAAGUGCCUGGCGUUGUUAUCAUAUUCAUCAAAAAUACAUGAAAUUGAAAUAUGCAUGUUUAACAAUUCAACGAUAUGUACGCGGGUAUUAUGCUCGUAGAUUUGUUGCAGAGAUACGUUCAAAAAGAAAUUUGGCAGCUACUGUAAUUCAGUCAUAUUUCCGAAGUUAUUUGGUUAGACGUGAAAUUUCUCAUUGGCAUGCUGUAGCAAUUCAAAUUCAGAGUAGAUGGCGUGGUUAUUUCCAUCGACAACGAUUCCUGUCCUUAAAAUCGUGGUGUAUCACUAUUCAAAAACAUGCACGAGGUUAUUUGGCCCGACAUCGUCUUGCAACAAUCCAAUAUAAAAGGAAUUCAGCAGCCACAAUUAUACAAUCACAUUUUCGUAAAUAUUUAGUAUUACGUGAAAUCAAUGCAUGGCAUUGUUCAGCUCAACGAAUACAAUUAUUUUGGCGCUAUCAUCGCUCUCGACGAAUUAUUACACAGUUUAAAGAUAUCGUUUUGCUCGUUCUUAAACGUCAUAAUUCAGCUUGUACAAUUCAACGUUGGUGGCGUGCAUGUUUCCUUUUUAAAUUUAUAGCUAAACAACGCUCUUCCACUAUACGAAUACAAGCUGCAUGGAAAGGUUUUCGAACUCGUAAACAUUUGUUCACUUUAGCUCAGUCUUCAAAAAAAGGGACAAACUGUACAAAAAUAUCAAGUCAAACAAGCAGCCGAGCAAUGCAUCCUGUCUCUUCGGUUACAUCCAAGUCGAAAUCUGUUGCAAUUUGUCAGAAUUCGAAGUCAACACUUCAAAAAGAAAAGUGUUUGCUAUCACUUUCACCCUUGGAAGCUAAGUCUUUCCUAGAUAUUUGUUCUCGUUUGACUAAAGCAACAGAACUUGCUCACACUAAUCCACAUUUAACUUUAGCUUCAAAAGCUCGAAAUGCAUUAAAACAAAUUUCUCAUUCUACAUCGGUAAACCAAAUACUUGAUGCAAUCAGACUUCUAGAAACAAUUACUGGUUUGUCCAUAGAACUUUGCUAUUGGACAGUUGGUUUACCGCCGCCUCCUAAUAAUAAAUCAAUAUGCAAUGAAUCUAUUAAUGAGCAAAAUACAGAUUCACCAUGUGCACUUAUUCGUUUCUUUCAAAUUAUGAUGGCUUGCAAUCGUUCUGUUCCACAUGAAGAUAUUUUCGUAGCGAUUACAGGGAUUUUUUUAAAUAUUGCAAGACGUAAAGACUUUGUUAGUAAUUUGAAUUUAUGGUGGAAUCCUUUAUCGUUUAAGUCAAAUAGACUAACAGUUACUAAUGAGAAUGAAAAUGAUAGUGGUGAGGAUGAUGAAUUCCAGCCACCAGCUAUUGUACGACUAUUAAAUACUCAAUUAAGACGUCAUCAAAGUCUUCCAGGUCUAUGUAGUACAACUGGAUCUGAUUUACAACUUAGCAUGUCUACACAAUCACACUUCAAAAAACUUAAUCGUGUUAAUUCGUUUGAAUCGAAAUUACCACCGAAUUCCGUGUCUAUUACUCAAAAUAUGAGUUUAGUUGAAGUUCUAAUGGAAAUACUUCAAAGGACAUGGCGUGCUCGUCCUGGGACAGUGAGUGUACGUUUAUUCAGUCGUACUUGUUGUGUCCUGGCGCUUAUAUUCAAUUCAGCUCCUUCUCAUUUAUUCUCCGAUAACCAUUGUAUAUUGCCUACAUUACAAGAAAUUUAUGAAGGACUUUAUCGUCGAUCUGAUCCACAUUCUCGAUUUCGCCUUAAUUUCGAUCCAACCGGUGAUUCUACUAAUUCUCUCAAUGUUAAUGAAGUUCGUUUAAAAGCAUCGAAUACUGAAAUGAAAAAACUUCGUGCUCAUCUCAGUUGUGAAUUGGAUUGGCAUUUUCGUCCAAUCAAAUUUCGUCCGAAUCCAUUGCUAGCAAUUCAAUAUUUAUUAUUAAUUGCAGUGAGAAAAUCUACCAAUGAUGUAUAUGUAUAA